CUUAUUCUAUUUUAUGUUUCAAAAAAUAAAUCAGGAGCACGACGGGGGAAACCCUAUCUGGAGUCUUCGUUCUCCUGACGCGCCUCUCCGUUUUCCCGAGUCGCCACCGGAUCUCUUCUCUCUCCUCGCCCCAUGUGGCCGCCGUGGGCGAAGACAUCCAGGUCCUCCGCCGCCGCCGGUUCGGCCGUCAGCUGCCGUUCCCCUUCCUUCUCCUCCUUCACCACCCUCAAGGACAUCCAGUCCCUCCUGCGGGAGGACCAGCCGUCUUCCUCCCCCGCCCUCCGCCGCAUCCUGCACCGCGCGCUCCUCGCCUCCUCCGCCCUACGCGCCCUCCGCCCGUCUCCGCCCCGCCGCUCCGCCUCCGUCGUCCUCUACUUCACCUCCCUCCGGGUAGUCAGGCGCACCUUCGAGGACUGCCGCGCCGUCAGCUCCAUCCUGCGCGGCCUCCGCGUCGCCGUCGACGAGCGCGACCUCUCCAUGGACGCCCGCUUCCUCCCCGAGCUCCAAGCCGCCCUCGGCAGCCGCCAGAUCGCCCUCCCCCAGAUCUUCCUCGCCGGCCGCUGCCUCGGCGGCGCGGACGAGAUCCGCCGCCUCCACGAGUCCGGCGAGCUCAAGACCCUCAUCGAUGGCACCUCCACAGACGCCGCCGCCGCCUCCUCUUCCUCCUCCUGCGACGCCUGCGACGGCCUGCGCUUCGUCCUCUGCGCCGCCUGCAGCGGCAGUCACAAGCGCUACAACUCCGACAAAACCGGCGCCUCCUUCAAGACCUGCGGCGAAUGCAACGAGAACGGGCUCGUCCGCUGCCCCCGCUGCUGCCCGGCCGUGACUCUCUAACCCUAAUUUCAUCCCUCAUUCGCUAUCGAUCCUCUAUUUUCCUUCUCUCCUUUUCAAAUCAAAGGGAGAUGGAAAACCGACAUAGUUGUAUAUCAAUUGCCUUUUGCUUUGGGACCAAUUCUAAUUUUUCAACAUUAGAUUGAAUCAAAAAUAACACCCUUUAUUUUCCUUCUUCUUCUUCUUCCUCUUUCCAAUCUCGUUCUCUAACAUUCAAAACCAGAUACAGUUGAGUUUCCCUCUUCUCCUGCUUCGCUAUGCAGUUUGGAGACGGAGUUGAUCAGGGAAGAAGAAAAGCACGCCAUUAUCACAUGAUUCAACCGACCACUGCUUCUGCUCCAUUUGUCAACAACUUCUGCGACAAAGCUCGGUACGCUCCUACACACAGCUCAGUCCCCACUACUAAUCAUUGUUCUCCCAUUUCCUCUUGCUUUUAUUUCAAUUCCCAGUGGGUUUCAGCUUUUUUAUGCAAGUUGUUUUUUUAUUUUAAAUAUGAUUUUAUUUAUUGAUAAAUCUUUCAUUAAUUUAAACUAAUGGAUCAUUGAUAUAUUUGGUAUCAAUUUAAAAAAUAUUAAUAAUAUGGAUUUAUUAUUAUUAUUAUUAAUUAGGUGUCAAGGUUAAUAUUAUAGUGAUGGGUCAUGGGUCGGACUGGAUGAAGGACUUAUUUAUUGCUUUUGUUUCGCCUCGUUAAGACUUGGGUGCUUAUGGUUUGUUUUAUAUGUUUUGUUCCGAAUUCACUGAGUUCGGUCGUCUAACUAACCGAUCGAGCAGAUUUGCAUUUUGAUCUCAUCCUUAGGAUGGAUCUCAUUAGGACAAAGCAUUUGUCAUUUCUAAUCUAUAUGUUCAUUAUAUUUUU